UAUCUAAUAAAAUCAUAAUUAAAACAUUUUCUCCACUCUCCAAGCAAAGUAUCAUCACUCUCUUCUUCUUAAUGUCAUACUCUUUUCUAUAACAUUAAUUUCUUGAUUUCUCUAGUUCAGUCACAGCCAUGAGUACACUCUUUUUAACCAUUCUUGCAAUUAAUUUUUCAGCAUUAAUAAUCCAAAUAUCUUCCUCUAAUAUUCAUGUAAAUCCAUGCAGAUCUUAUUGUGGAAAUAUUACAAUAAAAUACCCCUUUUCACUCCAAAAUGGCUGUGGUCACCCUGGUUUUAAAGACCUGUUAUUUUGCAUAAAUGAUGUAUUAAUGUUCCACAUAAGCUCAGGGUCAUACAGAGUACUAGAAAUAGACUAUGCUUAUCAAUCACUAACUCUCCAUGAGCCUCACUUAUCAACAUGUGACAACAUUGUGCUCGGCGGCAAGGGUAACGGCUUCUCCAUCGAGCCGUGGCGGUCGCCCUACUUCAAUCCAACCGCUGAUAACGUGUUCAUGCUACUCGGUUGCUCGCCUCAAUCGCCCCUCUUCCAAGGCUUCCCCGAAAAGCACUUGCCUUGUCGAAACGUUUCGGGCAUGGGCUGCGAGAUGUAUUACGGGUGCCCGGCAUGGAAUCUCGUGGGCCGAAUGAACACGGGCUCGACAUACGGGUCCGGCCCGCCCGAGUGUUGUGGGGUGGCGUUUGAGGCAAUUAGAGCAAUUAAUCUCAGCAAGCUUCAAUGUGAAGGGUAUAGUAGUGCUUAUAAUUUGGCACCAUUGAGAGUUGAUGGAGCUAAUGAAUGGUCUUAUGGGAUAAGAGUGAAGUAUUCUGUGAAAGGGAAUGAGGAAUUUUGUAGAGCAUGUGAGACUACUGGUGGAACUUGUGGCUAUGGUAGUAGUGAUGGAAUUAAGCAAUUGUGUAUGUGUAAGGAUUUCAAUUCCACAUCAAAUUGUGAUUCAGUUAGUUCAGCUUCAACAUGGAAUAGAGUUGGUAUACUACAAGGGUCCAUGAUCACCAUCUUAGCAUUCAUUGCUUCCAAAUCCAGAUAUUAGAAGCCAACUUCAACGGCUAGGAUCAACUCUUUCUUUCUAUUUCAUUUCUAUUUAUCAUUCUUUUUCAUAUUGAGUGAACUUAUUAUUCUUAGUCACUAUACUUUUUAGAGUAUUUAAUUUAUAUCACGGACGGCCAUUAUAUUUUCUCCAUUAAUAUUCAUUAAAUAUUACAAAGUAAUUGCUACUCUAUUUUCAGCUUUAUUUUCUAAAGAUUAAUGUGUAAAAAAUUUCUUUAACCAGAGAAAUAUUUUUUUAGCAUAA